CCGGCAGCCGAGGCGCCAAGGGGGGGAGGGGAAGGGGAGAGACGGGGCAAACGGCGUGGCCGCCAUCUUGUUUGUGCCCCCGCUUCGCUCGUGCUCCGUUCUCCGUGACGCACGCUUCCCCCUCCCUUCCUCCGUGCCAGGGCCUCUGCACUGCCCGACACUGCAGGAGCGCGGGGGCAGCUCCUGCUCUUCCCUGGACUCCUGACAGAGGCUUGUCAACAUGUCCACGGAAGGCGGAUUCGGUGGGACCAGCAGCAGUGAUGCCCAGCAAAGCCUCCAGUCCUUCUGGCCUCGGGUCAUGGAAGAAAUACGGAAUUUAACAGUGAAAGAUUUCCGAGUACAGGAACUCCCACUGGCUCGUAUUAAGAAGAUUAUGAAACUGGAUGAAGAUGUGAAGAUGAUCAGUGCAGAAGCCCCUGUGCUGUUUGCCAAGGCAGCCCAGAUUUUUAUCACAGAAUUGACUCUUCGAGCCUGGAUCCACACAGAGGAUAACAAGCGUCGGACUUUACAGAGAAAUGAUAUCGCCAUGGCAAUUACAAAAUUUGACCAGUUUGACUUUCUCAUCGAUAUUGUUCCAAGAGAUGAACUGAAACCUCCAAAGCGUCAGGAGGAGGUGCGCCAGUCCGUGACUCCUGCCGAGCCCGUCCAGUACUACUUCACGCUGGCUCAGCAGCCCACCGCCGUCCAGGUCCAGGGCCAGCAGCAAGGCCAGCAGACCAACAGCUCCACGACCACCCUCCAGCCCGGGCAGAUCAUCAUCGCACAGCCUCAGCAGGGCCAGACCACACCCGUGACGAUGCAGGUUGGAGAAGGUCAGCAGGUGCAGAUUGUCCAAGCCCAGCCACAGGGUCAAGGCCAGCAGGCCCAGGGUGGCAGUGGACAGACCAUGCAGGUGAUGCAACAGAUCAUCACCAACACGGGAGAGAUCCAGCAGAUCCCGGUGCAGCUGAAUGCCGGCCAGCUUCAGUAUAUCCGCCUUGCCCAGCCCGUAUCAGGCACCCAGGUUGUGCAGGGACAGAUCCAGACACUCGCCACCAAUGCGCAGCAGAUUACACAGACCGAAGUCCAGCAGGGACAGCAGCAGUUCAGCCAGUUCACAGAUGGACAGAGGAACAGCGUGCAGCCAGCUCGAGGCUCUGAGCUCACGGGAGAGGCAGAGCCCAGAGAAGUGAAAGCCGCAGGAAAUUCAACUCCCUGCACCUCCUCCCUGCCUACCACACACCCCGCCGCACACCGGCCUGGGGCCUCCUGUGUCUGCUGCUCCCGACCCCUGCAGAGCCCUACGCCCCCUCCUCCCUCUGACGCCUUGCAGUGGGUGGUGGUUGAAGUUUCUGGGGCCCCCAACCAGCUCGAGGCCCAUAGGGAGCUGCAUGCCCCUCUCCCAGGGGUGACCUCACUCUCUCCUCUCCACCCCUCGCAGCAGCUCUACCAGAUCCAGCAAGUCACCAUGCCUGCGGGCCAGGACCUCGCCCAGCCCAUGUUCAUCCAGUCAGCCAGCCAGUCCUCCGACGGGCAGGCCCCCCAGGUGACCGGCGACUGAGGGCCGAGCUGGCAAGGCCAAGGACACCCAGCACAAUUUUUGCCAUACAGCCCCAGGUGAUGGGCACAGCCUCCCUCCCCAGAGGACCCGGCGACCCCAGCGCCCCCUGCAGGCUAGGACACUGGUGCAAGAUUCUCCAACAGAAAGAUGCAGUCGUUUUUAUUUCCUUUUUUUUUUCUUUUUUUCAUUUUUCUCCUCCAAGGAAUCAAUAUUUCAAUAUGUUGAGCUGUGUGUCCAAUGCUAUGAAAUGAAAAUAUUAAAUAACAUAUUUAUGGCAUUUUCUUGAAGAGUGUGGUUGAAGAAAUAUUUCUUUCAGUUUUUUUUUUUUUGUUUGGUUCUUACCGCCACCGCUUUUCAGGAGCAAAUCUCCCCAGGGGUGGACGGUGUUUCCUGGCUCUCGAAACAGCUGCUGCCCCCAAGAUUUGCCACCUGGUUCUGCCCUCAGAUCGAAUUAGGCGAACACGUAUAACGUCUU